AUGGACGCCUCUACGGAGCUCAGACACCAUGACUAUUCUAUCGGUUGGAUUUGUGCUCUAUCCGUCGAAGCUGCGGCGGCGAAGGCUAUGCUUGACGAGAAACAACCCCCCCUGUAUCAAGAUAUGAAUGAUCGACCACACAAUGUUGUCAUUACAUGCCUCCCUGCCGGUGUGACGGGCACUAAUGCUGCCGCUACCGUGGCGACGCAGAUGUUCCGCACGUUCACACAGAUCAGGAUCUGCCUAAUGGUAGGGAUUGGAGGCGGUGUCCCAGGUGGCGACCGCGAUGUCCGAUUGGGAGACGUUGUCGUUGGUCAAGACGGGGUGGUUCAGUACGAUCUGGGGAAAACUAUACAAGGUGGGGCGUUCCAGCAAACCGGAGUAUUGACAAAACCACCCGCCUCUCUCCUGUCCAUCUUGUCGGAGCUGAAAACAAAAUACAUGAUGGAUGGCAGCCAUUUCUCCAACUACAUCCCGGAUGCCUUCAAGAGCUUCCCAAACAUGGCUGUCGACUUUGCUUUCCCUGGUGCCGGCGACGAUGUGCUUUUCAAGUCUGGUUAUGAUCAUCCACAAGGAUUACCCAAUUGUUCAAAUUGUGACCCCCACCAUAUAGAAGACCGUGCCAUGCGCACUCCGCAGUUGCCAAAAGUACACUAUGGUCUCAUUGCAUCAGGUAAUCAAGUCAUGCGCCAUGGGGCAACAAGAGAAAAGUUGCGGGCAGAGACGAAGGCUAUCUGCUUCGAGAUGGAAGCCGCCGGUUUGGUCGACAUUGUUCCUUCUUUAGUCAUCCGCGGAAUCUGUGACUAUUCGGACUCGCAUAAAAACAAAGCAUGGCAGCCUUAUGCUGCGCUUACAGCGGCUUGCUAUGCCAGGGCAUACCUUUUGGAAGCUCCAACAGCCCGUGUCAAUCAAGUACAAUCAAUAACUGGGACGGCCAGUGUCUUAGAUUCUAUCGCCUCCAUAACCAGAACGAACUCUCAGAUUUUGUCGGCUCCAAUCUUUGCGAUUCCGAGCCAGUUUAAUGCAAGCGAUGACCUGUUGGUGAAGGACCAGAAGCUCCAAGAGUUAGCCCGCGCAGCCGAAAAAUCAUUGAAGGAUGCCUUUACCCGCCUCAGGUCCGCACUCGCACACAAUCAACAUGCAACCUUUAAACCGUGCAGCCCACGAGAUGUCCGAUUUGUACUCUUCAAGAUCCAGAAGCAGCAAGCCAGUGCCUCAUGUUGCAUGGACCUGACACGAAUGAACAAGUUAUUGGAUGGCGUUCAAACCUUCGCUAAAGAACUUCGAUUCGAGGAGAAGUCUGAAUUGAUUCCAUUUCUUUGCGGCAUGAUUCACUUAUCGUUACAAAGAACGGCUAACACUCCGGUGGCCUUUGAUCUACUGCUGAAAACAUAUAAAACAAUUGGCAACUCAAUUACAUAUGAUGAAGAAGCAGUCUCUUGGAUUUCGCAAAUCCCUAACAACAAAGAUCUGCUCAUGGCAAGGAUAGGUGAAAACAUCUUGAAGCUUCAAUGUCUGAUAUUACAGACACUCGAGAUACCGGACCCAUUAAUGGGGAAAGCUUUCGCCAGCACAUGGCACUCCCUCUCACCACAAAGGGAACAGUUACACCAAGAUCUCCGAGGGUACAAGGGUCUUGUAGAGUCUCGCGCAAAUGUAAUUACAGUCGUCGACCAUGAGCAGAGACGCGCCUUGCUUCUGGAAAGGGGAGGAUCUGCACUAAUUGACUCCAAAGAGCAGUGGUCCAAACUUCAGCAGUGGCUGGCGGGCGCCGAUUGUAUACAGAACCAUGCUGAUGUUCGCCAGAUCAGGGAAAGUACUCCAAAAAGUGGUCAUUGGCUCUCACAACAUCAGAGAUAUGUUUCCUGGAGACGGGACGACAUUCCCCAGACACCAAUUCUCUGGCUGAGUGGAGCUUUAGGAGCCGGCAAGACGGUUCUCGCGUCUGGCAUUAUUGAUGAUUGCAAUCUGGACGACAAGUCCAGAACAGCUUUUUUCUACUGCUACCAUGAUGACCCACAGCGAAAGAAAUCUCUACCAAUAUUAGCUUCUAUCCUUGCACAGCUCACGACUAGUGACCACAUACUGAUGCCAUGGUGUUACGAGCAGUAUACGACGAGCAAUCAAUUAUCUCUGCGGGACGAGGCUCAAUGCAUAGAUAUGCUGAGGUCAAUACUUCUCAGCAACAAGAAAACAUUUGUAGUCUUGGACGGCAUUGAUGAAUGCGAACGGAAAGAUCGACAAUUGCUACUCAGCUUUUUCACCCGUGCAGUCGCAGCCUGUGAAUCGAAUGAUCCCGGCAGCCUCCGCAUCGCUUUGCUGAGUAGGGAUGAAGAUGAUAUCAGAAGAGCCCUUGCCGGCGCCAUCUCUGAGAUCAAAAUUACGCCGGCCGAGAAUGAACGCGACAUGAAGCGAUACAUUAAGUUACGGUGCAAUGAAGUCAAGGACAAAUUUGAGGAGCUCAGAGCUGACGCAAUCAAGUACAUCUCGGACUCUACAUUUCUCCGAGCAGAUGGGAUGUUUCUGUUCGCUAAAUUGGUUCUGACGAAUCUACUUGAGCAAGUGUCGCUGGAGGCACUGCAGUCGGAGAUUGAACCGAGCAAUUUCCCAGCCGGGCUUGAUGCAGCCUAUGGGCGCAUUAUCCAUCGGAUCAAAAACGAUUUCGAUCCCAAUAACAUUGGGCACGCCAGAAAGAUCCUCGGCUGGGUGACCUGUUCCGUACGACCUCUGAAGUGGCACGAAAUCCAAGGAGCACUGUCUGUCAAUACGACCGAUAGAGAUAUCAACUUUGCAGGACGCCGGUCCCGAGUACAUGUUCGGGAAAUCUGUGGGUCGCUAAUCAGCAACUUGUCCGGGGACCGGGUAGAAUUGGUCCACAUGAGCGCGAAAGACUACUUGAUUCGGUCCACGUUUGUGGAUUUUGCCAGUGCCCAAAUCAACUUAGCAUCACUCUGUCUUGACUACCUGUCCUUCGACUGCUUUGAGUCCGGACAUGAAGCGGAGCAAGUGAAACAGUCUUCAUUGAAAGGUUGUUUCGCUUUUCAAGACUACGCUGCAGCUCAUUGGCCCGACCAUACUACUGCUGUGAUAAACGCUGGAUCGUCAGCCUUGUCCGGCCAUGGACAAGCAGGCGACAUGUUCAAGUCGGCCCUCCUCGACUUUCUAACACAUUAUGAGCUUGAGCCGGUCGAGGACUCUGCGGAUCAGGGGCUAGAUCUGAGUUGCCUUCCAUUCCGCGACGAGAGUUACGCAGCGAACACGUCUCAUAUCGUUGGAAUGAUACGACAGCAGAAGGCGAAGGGCAACAAGGGACUUGAUGAAAUCAUUCCAAAUGAACUUGAACGCGUGGUCCUGGCCAACCGUGCGCAGAUUGAGCAGCUGACUCUAGCAGACGUGGAAACUAGGGGGAAUCUCGAAGACUUCUAUGGCCGAAAAUGGUACAAGUGCCCCAAAGCAGCUUGCUACUAUUUCCAUGAAGGCUUCCUCACUGAGAAGGAAAGGAACUAUCACGUUAUGCGGCACGAGUACCCUUUCCGCUGUACCGAUGUCACCUGUGAGACUGGCUACCGAGUAGGCUUCACAACCGCCAAGCUGCUGGAGAAACAUUUGACCGUUCAUCAUCCAGAAUCCAAGCAAAUCACAGCAAUUUUCACAAGACUGAAGAAAGAACGGUCAUCUGGCGCACAUCUUCCGAAGCAAGGCACCAACAUCUCCACCAAUACCGGGAAAUUUUCGUGCCAUAUAUGCUUGAGAACAUAUACUAGAAAGGAGAAGCUCAAUAACCAUCUUCGGACUCACCGGGAAGACCAAACACUUUACAAGUGCUCGGUCGCUGAGUGUGAGAAGUCGUUCUUCAGGGACGAUGAAAGAAAACGACAUGAAAGAGAAGUCCACUCGGAAGAAAAGAGAUUCUCGUGCACUGUAGAGCUGAAGUAUGGGAUUCCAGGCUCAAAGAGCUGUGGUUGUAACAAGGGAUUUCCCCGGCUUGCGUCUCUUGUGAGCCAUUGGCGCAGCAAAAACGGCCAAGCCUGCCUAAAACCACUUCGAGAUGAAGAAGAGCUCGAAAGGCAAUGGGAAAAUCAGAUUGUCAGGAGGAAAGCUGAUGGGCUGGAACUUCCCCUACCUCGACAGCUCUACGAGCAGUUUCCGGAUUUGCGCAAAUCAAAUUUUGCACUUCCAGCGGUAGGAACGAUCGGCGAUGGCCAACAGCAGGCCGGUUUAGAGAAGUGGCAGCCGUUCAAAUCGAAUACAACGCCUGAGGCGGCUAUCUCUGAAGCAGAGAUGCAUACCUCUGACCGAACAGAGGGGGCUGCUGCGCCCCGGAUGUUUGCUGAACCGUCUGAGUAA